AAUAGUAUUUAGAAUCGAAUUAGUUGGGCCAUCUCUUUCAGAUUUUAUUGACCUAUUUUGGUUAAAUUGCUUUAUUUACCUCAGGUUUUCUGGCUUUUCGCAAUGCCGGCCGAUCAAAUUCAGUACUCGGAGAAGUACUUCGACGACAACUUUGAAUACAGGCAUGUUAUUUUACCACCGGAUUUGGCCAAACAUGUGCCAAAGGCUCAUCUGAUGACCGAGACGGAGUGGCGCAACCUGGGCGUGCAGCAGAGCCCCGGCUGGGUGCACUACAUGGUCCACGCGCCGGAGCCGCAUGUGAUUCUAUUCCGACGCAAACGCAUUCCGGCUGAGGACGCUCCACAGGUGGCAGCCGCUAAUGCGGCUCAGGCCAUCGCGAAUCUGUGUGGUUAGGCCGGGGAUUUCAUACCCUCAAAGGUCACUCUUCCAAGGAUGCACUCACCAAUGCUCAGGCAGUGUUUCAUAAGAUAGCAUCAGACAGCCUGAUGUAAAAUUACAAACCAUAGCUUUAGGGAGCAGUUCAGCUGGAUAGUUCAAAGACACGAAACGAACUGAACUGAAGACAUCGUUUCUGUUAAUUUCAUUAAGUUUAUUUACCUAAAAUACAAAUCGAAGCGUACGCCCUGUGUACAGACAGUUUAAAA